AGCGUGUAGGAUUCAAGCUAACAUAAAUUGGACUUUUUAGUGUCUCUCUUCGCUAAAAACAACAACAUUGUGUGUCAAAUGUUACACUGUCCAGUAACUGCCAUGUGUUACUGUGGGACAGUCUGUGUCCCUGCGGUUAGAGUAAUAAGGUAGGGGGCGUCAUUUAGCUAUCAUUAGCUACCGUUAGCUUCCCGCUGUUUAAUAGCUUGGAGUGUGUUGACCUUGUGGGCAGCGUGCAUUAUAGUACAAUAUCUGUGCCAACAAAUGACAUCAUUUAACCAUAAUUUUAACUGUCUGUUUGGCCAAGAGUGUACAUUUUUAAAAUAGUUAAUUUUGACGCUAACUCAGUAAGAGUUGCCAUUACUCCUCCACCUCUAUCAUUUGGGUCUCCUAAACUAUCAGUGAGUAAUGUUUCAGUCAGCUUGGGUGACAGAGGAGGUCAUAAGGUGGUCUCUACGUUUGUGCAGCCGCCGGUCUCUAUGGAAACAGCGCAGUUUCCUAGUGACAUCUUCAAUCAAAGGCACAUCCGUCCCCAGUCAGCAAUCAGCACACAGUUGGUGCUCAGAGCAGAGCCAGACAAGGCUAUCUAGCAGUUGUAUAAAUCCAGUUAGGUUCUACUCACAGGGGACGAUUCACGAUGAGGAUCUGGAAGAAAAGUUCUCAAAGCCUGCUGAGGCCUUCUCUGAGCCAAGUCAGACCAAAUCCCCUUUCUUGGACCACUUGUAUGGCUGUGGCUCCCCUUGUGACGUGUUAGACCUCACCUGUAAAAUCUCACCUACAGUCAGACAUGUGAGCAACUGUCUGACCCAGAUGUGGACCAUCACCAAGAAGAUGUCAGAUGAGCAGCAGCGCUAUGAGCUGCAGCUGAUGUUUGAGCAUCCUGCGUUUGAGAAACUGCUGCAAAGAGCCAUGAAGGAUGUGGGGCACAUGCGAAAUGAGGACCUGGCAUACUCCCUCCUGGGUAUGGUUAAACUGGGUGUGCCUGAAAGUAGCCGUGUGGUCCAGACCUUCCUCCGAAACUGCCAGGAGAAAUUGAACGACUUUGAUGAGAAAAGUCUGUCCAUCGUGGCCUCCUGCCUGGAACAUAUGAAGGACAGCCCCAACGUUGAUGCACUUAAAAACGGCAUGAGGUUGGUGAUUGAGGCCCGUCUUCCGAGUUUUAAGAAAGUCAUGACUCUCCAGAUCAUGAUGCGUAUGCUGGGGAAAGAUGCCCCAUUUCACCUCAAACGGAAACUAGAGGCAAAGGCUUUAUCAAUGACAGAUAAGUUCAGCCUUCCCAACAACCAGUACAUGAUCAGCACUCUGACUAAGAUGGACUUCUACUCCAAACCACUGCUGGACGUCUGCAGCAAGAAGAUAAUAGAAAACAUCAAUAGAAUCCCCGUCAGCAGAUUGCUUACAGUGCUGCAGUCCUAUAGAGAGCUGCGCUACAGGGACGCUGAACAGCUCACUGCCAUUUCAGAAUACGCCGCCUCCAUGAUAGACAUAUGGAACAACAAACAGGUAAUCCUCUUCCUGUCCCAGUUCGAGAACCUCAUGUUCUGUCCCACAGCCUUAUUGGAGGCGUUUGCCGAGAAGGUGAUCGAAAACCCAGACGUUCUGACACUUAGGGACAUCCUCUGUGUCCUCAAGGUGUACUCCAAUCUUAACCAUGAUCUCCAGCACCACAGACAACAGUUCUUGGAGAGUCUCAGCCGGGUUUUGGACUCCUAUCUGCCCAAGAUGUCUGGUUACGACUUAUUAAAGGCUGUUUAUUAUCUGUGCCUUCUGGGCCACCUUCCCUCUGCACCACUGGAGAAACUCCUGCAGAGUAGCACACUGGAGUCGUUCAGCGCUACAGCACCCAAGUAUCUCCAGAGCCAGGAGCGAAUGUUUCAGACUUUGCACUUGUGCCUCCGUCUCGACCGUCCCGUCCUCCCUGUGCCACUGACCGUCCCCCUGUCUGUCCUUGGAGACCCCAUCUCCAGAACUUCUUCAUUCAACCUGCCAUGGCUCACGCAGUCCCUGCAGAGUGUGCUGGAGGACCAGACAGACACAGUGCUACAGGAAAUGAUGGUGGAGGAGGACUUCUACUUCAUAGAUGCCACGAUCACCAAACCGGUGCCAAACCAAAGUGAGACUGAAACGAGCAGCAUAACAGGAGUGGAGCGUUCACCAGCAGAGAGCAGUCAAAGAAUCGCAGUAAUUUGCACACCUUACUCUGCAUUUUGCUAUGGUACAUCCAAUCCCCGUGGUCCUCUGGCUGUCAAGAUUCGCCAUCUGAAGAUCCUGGGAUAUGAUCCUGUCCUGCUAAACGAGAGGGAGCUACAGUCCGUGCCUGAGGAAGACAGAACAGAUUUCCUCAGGGGACGGAUCUUUCCAGAACACCUUAUAUCAGACACACAAUUGAAAGAAGAGCAACUGGGAUCUUGAGGACAGGUGGCAACAAAAAAUAGGAGCCAAGAGCUGUACCUGUGAAAUUAUGUUGAUGACAGCUUCUGUCGGGGCUGUUUAAAGCUCUACAAAUGAUAAAGAAGACAUUAAUAUGUAUGUAUUUAAAUAAAAAAGUUUUUUUU